AAAUUUGAAAUGGCAAUAGAAAACGAUAAAAAUGUGUUCGCCUCACCGUGGAAUGAUAGCGAUAUUGUGUUAGUUGUUGAAGAUCAAGAACUCCAUGUCCACAAAUGGAUUUUAAAAUCACAGUCGCCAGUAUUUACAGCGAUGUUUGACGGUCAUUUUCAGGAAGCUAGUCAAGACAAAAUCACUCUCAAAGAAAAGAAUUUCGAAUCGAUGGUACAGUUUUUGAAAUUACUCUAUCCCUCGUCCAUGUUUGGAGAAACUAAGACACCUUUAGAUGACGAAAGUCGGUUGUCAAUAAUGGCGCUCGCUGAUGAAUAUCAGUGCGUGAACUUUAUUAAAUUAUGCAUUGACGAAGCCAAAAUCACACAAGAGAAUGUUUUGCAAAUUCUUCCUUAUGCCGUAAAGUACCACAACACAGUACUGCCUAAAAUGUGUGAUGUUAUUAACUGGAGCGCUCCAACAUCCAAACUCGAGGAAGUAUUGCCGAAGUUGGAAAGCAAGGAAAUUUCCACUACCAUCAAGAUGCUUUUAAACAAAUGUCGCUAUCUGGAAUCCGGCAUAGUGGAGAUGCAAGAUGCAAUGAUUUCUCUGAUGUGUGAUUUUUUGAAGCAAAAAAAGAUGGCAGAUGAGUCAUUACAGAUGAUGAAAAAUAAUAAUAAAAAGAGUUCCUACGGCUUUGGUAGUUCAAUACAGAAUCCUAAUACGAGCUUUAGUGGCGUUGCCACGAGCUCUCGAUGCCCUCACACUACCAAUAUUCGAGAGAUAAAUAAAACAAAAAGCUGUGUUCAUUGUAAAGAGAAGUACAAGAAGACAUUUAUUGCUCCUAUCCCCAGUUGUAAGGACGCACAAACGUUUUUCAACAUGCUUCAAAUAGGGGAUGACGUAGCCACUGCUGUUAAAGAACAAAAGUAACAAUUCCAUUCUAUACAGACAGUCUGAAACCAGUAGUUAUAUGUAAUUUUAAAUGAGGAUGCAUGAAUUGUUGAUAAACGUACCUAUAUAUUCACAUUUAUCGCGUACACCAUCUGUAAAACAGCUGUAAAACAAUAAUUCAUGACAAAAACAGAAAGGUGAUCGUGAAGUAGCUUGUAUAUUUGAUACAAAAUUCGGCUGAUUUACGUAACACUCAGUUCAUUUUCCCCACCAAACAUCCUUCAUUUCUUUAAGAUUAUUGAAGAAAAUGAACGUUUCCUACCUCAACAGAG